AUGGUUCGCCUGAAUUUCUUGAUUUUGGGGKUUUUAGCCAUCCAGGUGGCGUCGGUACCAUCCAUAUGCGGAACCGAAGAAGAAUGCAACCAAGCCUGCGCCGACGAGUGGCAGGAUCCUGGUUACAAGUGCGAGCGGUACAGCCAGAAGCAACAAGCCUGCGAAGGUUGCGUGGUGUUUCGAUGCAUGACCAAGUCUCAAGUCCAAUACCGAAACCCUCUCAAUGGCAAAUUAGCCUGCUGUCCGGCAGACCACCAUUGGGAGUUUAACAAAGACGUGAAUAAGGGUAAAUGCUGCCACAACAGCAAGUAUCUCAGCGUGGAACCCAAGUCAAAGACUGUGGACUGCUGCCCGGCGGGUGAUAACCCCCCUCACAAACUCUUCGUCGACCCGGUCACUGGUGAUUCUUCAUGCUGCGAAUCCAGUGCCAUUGAAUACAAGGAAGGCAAAUGUAUCAUGGCUCCGCCGAAGCCCCCGCCACAUGACGACCGUGAUCCCCGAAAACCCGGCCAGCCUGACCAAAUUCCCGUCCCGCCUGCACCCCAGCCUCCAACUCCACCUGCCGACCAGUGUGGUCAUCAAGUCUGCCCACCUGACGAAUAUGAUAUGGGUGUGGAGUAUGGCAAGUGUUACCGAUUGAUCAGUGUGGCUACGGGCUCCCCCAUCAGCAUGUACAGGAACGAGAAGUCGUAUACCUUCGGCCCUAGAGAUCCGAAAGAUGUGACUUGGCACUUCCGUUUAUGUCGCAGCACCACAGAUUGCACUCCAGGUGGUACGAUCAAGGCAGAUGAAAAGUUCGUGCUGAACGACGUGAUUGGGAAGCCUUGGGAUGCCAAUCCUGGGCCCUGGUUCUUCUGCCAUGGCGUUCACCACUAUCCAUGCGUGGAGGGAAAAAAUGCCAAAGAGUUUAACGCAAAGAAAUACUGCACCUCGGAAGGCUGUGGUCUUUGCAUUAGUACCGAUCCCGAUGGCUUGGGUGGUGUCUGUCCCGGCCAGUUGUCCUUGGGCUCUAUGACAAACCCUCGCAACUGUAUGCCUUUCUUCUUCGAGGAGAUGCCUUGCCUUUGGCCCAGCCCAUUUCAGCCACAGGUCCAGCCCCCUCCGGUUGUAAAGGAAGCAGUUUCCUUUGCUACUGCCGAGGACGCACCAGAGGCGGAUGAUAACGGUGAAUUUGAGUUCGAGUUCCACGAUACUGAUGAGCUGUGA